AUGGCAGCCGGACCCCCGCCGGGUCUCGGCAUAGCAGCACUACCGCCCAAUCCAUUCGGCUCUAAUGGCCUGCAAACUUCUCACAAAACGCCUCUCGUCCACCACUCAGACUCAGAAAACACCGUCAAAUAUGAACGACCAGCCCACUGCCCUCGCACCUACGGCAGAGGUGCGCUGCUUGCCUUCAGCUCCUCCGCUCUGGUAGCAAAGCCUACCGACAUGGCAUCCCUUCGUGACUGGUACGGAGAGUGGGAGCCUUACCACCAAAAAGCCACUUACCAUCGCGAGACCCCGCGAAAAAAUUUCGCAGAAGACUCUUCCCACUAUCAGCAAGCUCAGACCGAGGGCGACGAGGCUGCCAACAACGGAGGCAUCAUUGGAGGUGCUCUCGGUGGCUUUGGUCCCAAGCGAGAAGGUGCAGGCAAUCGAUUCGGAGCAAGGAGGAACGAGGACCGCGACCGUGGAGAGCGUGGUGAAGGUCUUCGACUGGGAGAGGUAGGCGGCCGUAGAAUGGCUCCUGCUGGAAAGAACCCAUUUGGACAGAUCUCGGCAAGUGGCGCUUUCAAGCCUGCCGGCACUCCUGGAGGCGGUCGCGGUUUGCCUAGAGAUGGUAACGCUGAGGGCCUAGAUGGACGUCGUGGGAUGGGCGAGCGUUCCACCUCGUAUGGCAAAGACAGGAUGCGCGAAAUGCUUCCAGAUGAUAGAAGGCGCGAUCCCGGUCGUGACCGACGACGUAGCGAGCGAGGUUUGGACGGCGACGAGUCUCGUGAAGAAGGCGAAAUAUACGAAUCGGGACGCAAACGACGAACUGGAGGAGCCGACACCGCCUCCGACUGGCGAAGACCCGGCGAUCGAGACCGUGCAGGUCCCUUCUCGAGUCUUGCAUCUGACCGCUUGCGACCCAGCGAACGACGAGGUGCGCCACGCAGUGGUGGAGCUCCUUGGAGCGGAGAUGCUGAUGACAACCCGGCUUGGCUCGAAGACGAUUCUGAUCCCUUGCCCGUGGACAACCGCGCUCCAUUCGGACAGUUCGGUAGCCGUCGAAACGACCCAGAUGGCCUGGGCGACUCUCAGGGAGGAGACAUGGGAGGCGCUGUUGACAGUAUCCAGGCUUUCAAAGCACAAAUGAAAGAACGAGAGCGUCGCGAGAGGCUAGCAAGAGGCGAACCUGAAUCAGAACCCGUUCAGCACAACGACACUUACGAAGGCAACCACAGUGGAUCCUUUGGUACGGACAGAGACUCAUCGAGAGAGUACCACUUCGGCGGCGAUGGAGGUUCGCAACAAACCGAGUUGGAUGCUAUUCGUCAAGAGAUGAUUGCUGCUGCCAACCAGCGAUCUUCCUCAGGUGGCUCGCUGUACGACAGCAUCUCCAACAGUCACGGUGGUCCAGGAGCCGACGGUCAAGGACCUCCUGGCCUUCCUGGUCGAUCCAGUCGAUUCGCACGCUUCUUCGAUGGACGAGGCGCACCUCCUCGUGACCCUCAGGCAGCUGCACUCGCUGCACAGCAGAAGAUGCUCGAGUCGAUGGGCAACCUUGGCUCGAGCAACGCCGCACAGCCUUCGCCUGGAGUAGCAUCCGAAUCAGACAAAGACGGGGCUGGCGCGCAAAGUCCUCAAUCGCAACCCAACGCCUCUUCGUCUUCGAUCAACAUCUCUGAACUCUUCAGCAAGACUUCGAUCCGCGACAAGGGCGAUGGCGGUCAGAACAAAGACGGCAAGGAUGUCACCGAGGCAGACCAACAGAGCAUGCAGAAGCUCAUGGCUAUGUUGCAAGGCAGUGGUGGAAGCGUUAGUGGAACUCCUAGACUGUCGAAAGGACCUGGUGCUGGCGAUGAUCGUCAUUCGCAAGCUGAUCAGCUUUCGCAGCUUUUGCGUGGUCAGCAGCACGGACGCAAUGGUGAUGAAGGGUCGAACGAGCGUCCUCGAAGCGUUGUUUCGCCUAGUCUUGCGUCUGCCGAGUCGCUCAAUCACGGUUUGGAAGCUCGUUCGCCGCUUCCUCACAAUCAACAGCACCAGCGUGAAUCGAGCACCUCGUCUGCACUUGGACAUCAGCAACAGCAACAGCUGCCUCCUCAGCACCGUCAGCAGCAGCAGCACGAACAGUACCCUCAGUAUCAGCAGCAGCAGCAGUCGCAACACCAACAAAGGUCCGAGUCUCCAGCUAUCGGUGGUGUUGGUGGUGGGGGCAUGCCAUACAACGGUCCUACAAGCCCUGGCGGAGGACCUGUUGUCGGUUCUCCUGGUCCUGCUCCUGGAAUGGCAGGCUUUGGUGGGUUCCCUAGUGGAAUGCCUGGUCGACCACCUCCGCCUGGUAUGGACCCUCGUCUGAUAGGACGUCCCCCUAUGGGAGGACCUGGUUUUCAACAGAUACCGCCCCACAUUGCUGCCAGUCUCGGUUUGGCUAGAGGACCAAUGCCGCCGGGAAUGGGCAACAUGCCUCCUCCCCCGCCUAUGGGUGUUCCUGGUGGACCUGGCCCUCGUGGUUCGGCGCCUAAUGGCGGGUUCCCUCCUCAAUUCGCACCCUUCCCUGGCGGACGACCUCCUCCGCCAGGUAUGCCACCUCAACUCUACCAGCAGUUGAUGAGUAUGCCUCCUCACAUUCAGCAGCAAGUGCUUGCGGGACAAGGGUUCCCGCCUGGUAUGCCUCCUCCUAUGCAGCAGCAGCAUGCGCCCAGGUCGGCUUAUGAUUUGCCGGGGACUCCUGGUGGUGGUGGUGAUAGGAGGUCUCAGUCUCCAGCUAUCGGUGGUGGACAACAACAGUUCCCGUACUACGCUCUGCAUCCGGGACCUGCUUCACCUCUGCAGCAGCAACAGCAGCCGGCUUCGCCUAAUGUUGGACCGCUUGCUAUGGGUGGAGCUAACUUGAUGGCGUUGCUUAGCGGAGGCGGUGGUGGAAGGGGUACUCCUAGCAACAGCAGCUGA